GGACUUCAGGGGAAAUUUCUUUAUACAAAGGGUGAUUCGGCUUUGGAACGAGCUGCCCGCCGUCCCUGGAGGUGUUUAAGGAAAGGGUGAUCUGCAAUGACUGCAAACGAAACUAGCUAGUUGCUUCAUUUUCUCAUGUCUCAAACAUUAAAAGUGCCUGAAGAUGGAAUUUCGAAUUGAACACACCUGGGAUGGUUUGCCUGUAAGCCACGAGCCUGUUGCAAUUGGGCUGAGGCCGAAUAAUGCAGGACUGCUGAUGGAAGUUCGAGCUCCUUUCUUCAAUGACCCUCCAGCACCUCCCGGAGAGCCAGGGAAACCUUUUGGUGGGCUGUGGGACUAUGAGGUUGUAGAAGCAUUCUUUCUGAGUGACAGAACUGAGCAGUAUUUGGAAGUUGAGCUUUGUCCCCAUGGGCAGUACUUACUGCUGCUGCUUUCUGGCAGAAGAAGAGCAUGGAAAGAAGAGCUUCCUUUGGAAUUUGAGGUGACCAGAAGGAAAACCAAAUGGGAGGGUAAAGCUCUUCUUCCUUGGAGUUAUUUUCCACCAUGUACUGGCAAGUUCAAUGCCUUUGCAAUUCAUGGCUCGGGAGACGAGAGAAAAUAUGAAGCACUUUAUCCUGUGCCUCCACACCAGCUGCAGGAAGGACAGGAACCAGAUUUUCAUCGUUUGGAAUUUUUCAAAGACUUGAAUCUGAAAGAACUAACAGGAGAAGACUGGAAGCAGCCUGAAUCAGAUAUAUGGAAAUCUCUCACCAAGUGAAUGGAUUGAGACAUAAAUUUUUAUAAUGUUGAAGUUGGCUGGAGCUGUGUGGAAACAACUUCCUCAUUCUGAGCAGAGGUUGUAGAUAACAGAUUAGCAAGGCUUUCCUUGGCACCAAAAUUAUGUAUCAGUCUGAAAGUCAACUGCAAAGCACGUGGAUCUGUUGAUUCUAAAUGUAUGAAUGGCUUGGAGUUUUUCAUCUGUGCAACAGAUGAAUUUUCUCCUAUCAGUGAAGGAAGAAUGUGCUGAAAUUGCAGCUGUGCUUUUGUGAGAGCUCUGAAGUGUGACAAGGCCAAUACCUGGAUUGAAUCUUUUGGUUUCCUAUAGUUGCUGCAUUUCUGCUGUGUUUUCACUGCUGCUCAUUUGUUUGUUGACUGCUGAAGGAGAUCCUUAUGUGCCUAGAUUUUUUGCUUACAAUCAGGAGGAAGAAUGUAUCAUGGAUUUUGGAGGCUCAGUACUUGCCCUGCCAGAAGCAUAACGCUGCCCUUUCCUGUAUGUUCCUGUGCCUGAAGUUUUCCCUUGCUAAAUGCCAAAGGGGGAACUUAUUCUGUCUCACAGACCUCUCUGUGGAGUUCCUAAUGGUGUUUAGGUGCAGAGGAUAGAUUUACAAAAGGUUUUCUCUAUUUCAGGUGAAGUUUCUGGGACAAAUAAUGCUUAGUAAAAUCUUUUGAUGUAGUUAUGUGUGUGCAAAAGCGGGUUUUUUUUCCCUAAGACUUGUCACAUCACUUUAAGAAUUCAUCUCAGAUGUCUGAGAAUUUUUUCUGCAUGCCACUGAGGGCUGGAGAUACUCCAGGUGUAUAUUUUCUGUGUAUGGGCAUGAGUAAUUUUAACAAUAGUGAACAUUGUUAGGUGGCAACAUCUAAUCUGUAAACCCUCACAAGAUUUACAAAUCAUAUGUUCCUUUUUUUUGUCUAGCAUAGCAGUUGCUGCUUGACUGUGGCUGCUGAUUUAAUCUUAUAUAAGUUAUCUUAAAAAAUGUGAAGCUUGCUCAGUAUGCAGUAAUAAACACAUUCUGAUGGUCCUAUUUUCUUUGCUGUCUUUCAGCUUCAUUCUAGCUGUAAGUUCUGCCUGAGAAGCAAAGAAGGUGGGAAUAUCCCACCUUUGUGAAGAGCAUCUCAGUCUGGUUAAUAUCUGAGAUAGCAUGUUAGUUCACAGUUUUUGUUAAGCUUUAGAUUCCCUCUUUGUACUUCCAGUUUUAUAGAACUGUGCUUUCAAAUUUGAAGAUACUAUUUUUUUUUUCCCCCUGUGGCAGACUUUGGCAUGUCAGUGCACUCAGCUAUCCAAUUGCUUUUGCUCUGUUUCAAUUAGACAAUAUAGGUUCCUUGCUGUAAAGUGCCAUCUGUUGAAAAUUGUAAGUAUUGUACCGCCAGUUGUUUGGCUUCUUUUCUACCUUCUAUCUAUGUACAGUUUUCUAAAGAAUUACAUCAGUCUGAAAUACUGAAUACCUCAAUAAAUGCUGAUUAAAGUAUCAUCUAGACAUUGACAUCUCAAAGCUUCUUAAAAAAAUUUUAGUCAAAACCAAAAUGCUAUUGUGCAAAACUUUUAGACUUUAUUUAAAAAAGUUUGUCAAAAAACUAUGUGCAAAGAUUAAAAAUAGGUGUACUGCUUUUCUCACAAAGGUUGUUUUCAUCUGAGGAAUGAUACUUUGUAUGUAAAGACAGUAAAUAAAAAUUUUUAUUUAUCUCUUGUUUAUUCCUACUUCAAACUGACUGAUUUGGAUUUGACUUUGGAUGUAAAUGAUGAACUUGGAGGGAAAUAGAUUAUUUUUCCCAAAUAAGUAAUUUAAAUUGAAACCAUUGUCUAGGUGCUCCAGGAAAUUGAAAUUAUUUUUGCACUCCCAAAGACCUUGUUCUUUUUGCUUCUUGCCACUAGGUGGGAGAAGAAGGUUGUCUAAACUGUGCCUUGGUGCUGCCAGCCUGUUAUCCUUAACCAGAUCCAUUCCUUCGUGCUGUAUCAUUGAUUUUAGAAAAGGAUAUUUCAGUCAAGCUGAUGGUGGCUUAUUUUGGUUUAUUUGAGACAUCUUUGUCGUAAGAAACAGCUGUCAUGCUGGGCAGUUGCAGUUCUAAUGUUUGCUUUCCUGGAAGGCUAUUUUCAGAAAUAAUUUUUGAAAUAAAACCAACAGAAGAUAAAUUC